AGGACCACUAAAAUUGACUAAUAUUAAUCAGUGGAAGAGCAGGAUUGUUGCUUCUGCGUUUACUUUUCCUUUCCCAAAACAUGGCAGUUGUGUUGAUACCCCAAUCGUCUUAGUGUAUACAGAGUGCGUUGGAUUGCUAAUGUGGGGAUUCAGUCUCAAAUUCAAUUUAAAGACAAUACAAGGAAAUAGGAAGCACCCUGUGCUUCCAGAAGUUUCCCAGUCAAACAAACGGCAACGCUGAGUUAAGAAGCUAAAUAUAUUCUCAAUUCAAAGCUGAAGACACACAUUUGACCACCUGCUAACUGGAAAUUGGACCUAAAGUAAUGGCUGAAGCAAUACCACUGCGAGAAAAGAAGCAGAAAACUCUACCACGAUCUGAUGGGUGUGGUUUGAAUAACUUUGAUGCUGUGGAUCUGUCUGGAGGCCUGAGAAUCGUCCUCGUGGGGAAGACUGGAUCAGGGAAGAGCGCAACAGGAAACACCAUACUUGGCAGAGCUGCCUUCAGAGAGGAUCCGAGCCCGGUGUCGGUGACCAAACACUGUGAGACACAGAGUGGGGAAGUGGAUGGGACCACAGUGCAGGUCAUUGACACACCUGGCUUGUUUGACACUGCCAUCACAGAGGAAGAAUUAAAGUCAAGAAUAGAAGAAUGUGUCAAGAUGUCAGUGCCUGGCCCUCACGCCUUCCUACUAGUGAUCAGGCUAGGAGUGAGGUUCACUGAGGAGGAGAGAAAUGCCGUCAAGUGGAUCCAGGAUAACUUUGGCGAUGAUGCAUCCAUGUACACCAUCAUGCUAUUUACGUGCAAAGACCAGGCCAAAGCUGACAAUGCCCUAAAGGAGUGCAAGGAGCUGCGUAGACUCUCAAUCACAUUUGGACGUAGAUAUCAUGCCUUUAACAACAACGACGCGGAUGAUAGAGUCCAGGUCAAAGAGCUUGUCACUAUGAUUAGGGAAAUGAUACAAGACAACGGUGGGAAACACUAUACAAACGAAAUGUAUGAGAAAGCCCAGAGCAAGCUAAGAGAGGAGGAGGAUCGGAAGAAACAAGAGGAGGAAGACAAGAAGGAAGAGGAGAAAAAAAUGUGGGAUGCAGAGAGGGAGAGGCAAGAGAAAGAGAGGGAAAAGAAGAAAAAGGCUAAAAGAAGGAACAUCCGCGUGGCCUCAGCGGCUGCUGUGGUGCUGGUGUUGGCUGGCAUGGUUAUCGCGGUGGGAGCCGACACCACUGUGGCGCUGGCUCUUGGAGCACCUACUCUCCUCUUGGGAGUCUUAUGUGGCUUAGCUGCUCUUUGGUUUUGGAAAGGAAGUAGAUGCAAAGGUAAAUCGGAUUUUCCAGUAUAGAAGGAGGUCAGUGCCAAGGA